AUGCUGCCUCUGCUGGCAUCCGCGGCGUGCCUGCUGCAGCCAAUGUCGCCGUCAACGCCUCGCUCCGUCGCCAUCCCGCUCCUCCAAUCGCCCAUGAUUGGCGACCUCGGCUUCGACCCGCUCGGCCUCGCGACGGCCGACAACCUGCAGCGCAUGCGCGAGGCGGAGGUGCGGCACGGGCGGCUCGCGAUGGUCGCCGCGUGGGGGUGGCCUGUCGCCGAGGUCGGCUUUGCCGUCGCGCAGAGGCUGCUGCCGGUGUCGUCAGUGUGCAGCGGGGACGGGUGCGGCGUGGACCGCACCGAGGCGGGGCGGCAGGCGGCGCUGCAGCUGUCCGACAUCGGACUGAUCUCCGCGUGCUACUGGGGCACUCUGCUCGCGGCCGCGGUCACUGGGGAGCUGCAGGCGCCACACCGGCUUUAG